UAAUUUCUACCAAUUUAUCACAAAUUACACCUUCAAUUUCCCAAUCAGUCUUAAAUUUUUCCUGCACAUCGCCAUGGAUUCUGCAUCUUGCUCUUUAGAAAUCACAGUUUUAUCCGCAGAAGACCUACGUCUAGAUGGAAAAUCCAUCAAAAAGGACGCAUUCGUUGUCGUAAAAUUUGAUUCUCUCAGCUCUAAAUCAACCAAGGCUGAUCACCAAGGAGGAAGCAAUCCUUCUUGGAAUCAAAAACUCGAAAUGGACAUGCCAAUGCAUUCUCACUUUAUUACCCUAGAAGUUCAAUGCAAGAUUGGCUCAGUGAACAGAGUUAUAGGCACAGCUGGGGUUCCUGUUUCCGAUUUCUUGGGAGGCUAUACACCAUUGAAUUAUUUGCACUUUUUGAGUUACAGAUUGAGGGAUGUGAGGGGUGAAAAGAAUGGAAUUGUUAACGUUUCUGUAAAAGUGAAGGGGGUAGCAGAUUACCGGAGAAAAUAUUUGCCUGGUUAUCAACCGUGUUCCUCCUCGUCAUUGUCGUCGCAGCCAACCUGGGGAAUUCCAAUUCCAAAGGAAGAGAAGAAUUGCCAUGGAGGUGUAGUGACUGGAGUUCCUGUAUGGUGUGCAUCUCGUGCUUAAUUAAUUAUCACUCAGCAUUAGAACAACAAUUCAUUAUUUUUGUUAGAGGGCAAUUCAUUAUUACAAAAUUAUUGAUUGUAAAAAAAAUAAUAAAAUACUAAUUAUACUAAAUUUAACAGAAAAUUUCAUUAUACUAUUAAUGCAUUAUACCAAACAUAACCUUACCAAACAGAACAGAGCUAGCCUCCUACUGGGCACCUGCAUGGUCAGAUACUUGAAAUUUCCACCAGAUCUUUAUACAACAGCUUUCCUGUAGGGUUGCAUUCAUACAAUUUCUCUUUUUCAUAAUAAAUUAAGGAGUCCAGCUUCUUGUCAA